CAAUUAAAUUGCACUUCCAAGUCUUUAUAAAGACGGGAGGAAAAACAAUAAAGGAGAAGAGGGCAAGAAUGUCAUUAAACAUGGCACAAACUCUUGAUGCCCAUAUCAACGCGUUCCGAUAUUCCAACUCCUCAAAAUACUCGCCCCAUAUUUUAUCCCAAAUCUUAAAUAUAACCCACAGAUUCCCCAAUUCCAAUUCAUUUCCCUUUUCCCUUUCGCAAAAUCCAAUUCAACAUUUUCCACUCAUUUCACAUAUUUUUCUGCCUCUAUCUACAAACCAAGGAACGCCUCCUUCUCUCUCUCUCUCGUCUCUAAUUUUGUACAACAAAGCCAAAGGCUGAUUAUGGCCCAAAAGAGAGACAAAGAAGAAACCGAGCUCAAGGUCCCAGAAAACCUACCAAUAUGCAGCCCGCCGCAGACGAUAGCCGCACCUCCGCCGCAUCUCCCCGCCGCCAGACUGCCCGAGAGCUCAGAUCCGGACCUCCCGAGCGCGUCCGACCGGAGAACCGGAUCCGCGGCGGCUCCGGAGAGGCCCGAUCUGCAGAUCCGAGGGGCGCUGAAGAGACCUAGAGAAAAAGAGGUGACCCGUUGCUCCGGGUCGGGCUGCAGAAAGCGGAUCGGGUUGAUGGGUUUCCGGUGCAAAUGCGGCGACGUGUUCUGCUCCGAGCACAGGUACUCAGAUCGGCACGACUGCAGCUACGACUACAAAGCGGCCGGCCGAGAUGCGAUCGCCAAGGAAAAUCCGGUCAUCAGAGCGGCGAAGCUUCUCAAAGUUUGACCUAGUUUUGAGUUAGGUGGUGAAACGGUGUCGUUUCGACCGGGAGGCGGCAAGGAUGAGGGAGGAGGCGUGUGGUUUGUUUCUUGUAAAUUUGGUCGGGGAUCGGGGGUAUUGUUGUCAUUUUGGUUACUUAAUUAUUAUCUCAUAAAUGGCUGUGGAAAUUCUUGUAACGCACAUUAUAAAUUAUAAUUAAUAUUUUAAUAUUACAUUAAAGGUAAUAUUAUUUUUUUA